UGAGUGGCCAUCAUUAUCAAAUAUUCUUCUCCACCCCAACAACAACUUACUCUCUUCAUGUGCUUAUUUCUCCAUGAAAGUCCUUGUUUUCUUUUUCAAUCGAAAAUCUUCGUGAAAAUUUGACAUUAUUCCAAACGACAAUCACAAAACAAAAUAACAAUCGUUGUUAUAAUCCACUCUGAAUUCCAAACAGAAAGGAUUCGAUCCAUCUUUUUCAUUUCAAUUUUCAUCUGGUACCGGCUUAUUCAGUUCCAUCUUCUUCUCAUUUGACCGCCAUUCUUUUACAUCCCAACUUCUUCCAAAUUUCAUCCCAACCUCCCCCAUCUUCUGUUUUAUUCAAUUUCCCUCUAUCCGGCGAUUAGAAUGAUUCCAGAUACUCUUACUCCGGCUAAUGACUCCGACGGUAUCAGUGAUGGGCUUCGAGAGCAUCUACUUGUGGUGAACGAGGGAAGUGAAAAUGGAGGGGUGGGUGAUCAUGUGAAGAUUCGGAUACGUAAUUUGACGAAUCAGAUUCUAAGAGGAAUCAGUGUGGAUAUACCUAAAGGGAAGAUCGUUGGAAUUAUAGGGCCAAGCGGCGGUGGCAAAUCAACGACGCUGAGGGCUCUUAAUCGGCUGUGGGAGCCGCCGGCGGGCUCCGUGUUUUUGGACGGCCAAGAUAUUGUCAAUCUCGACGUUCUUGGUCUUCGCCGGAAAGUCGGGAUGCUCUUCCAAAUUCCUGUUCUCUUUGAAGGUACUGUUGCUGACAAUAUAAGAUAUGGACCUCAGUUGAGGGGAAAGAAGCUGAGUGAUGAUGAAGUUCAUAAGUUACUCAGUCUAGCAGAUCUUGACUCGUCCUUCUUUAGCAAGAUUGGCUCUGAACUAUCCGUCGGGCAAGCUCAACGUGUUGCGCUUGCUCGAACCUUAGCCAAUGCACCUGAGGUGUUGUUGCUAGAUGAACCAACAAGCGCAUUGGAUCCUAUCUCGACCGAGAACAUUGAAGAUGUAUUGGUGAGGCUGAAGACGAGAUGGGGAUUAACAAUCGUAAUGGUUUCACAUAGUAUCAAACAAAUCCAGAGAAUUGCAGACAUAGUUUGCCUACUCGUGAAUGGGGAGAUUGUGGAAAUUCUACCACCGAACAAACUGUCGGAAGCAAAGCACCCGAUGGCUCUCAAGUUCCUUGAACUCAGCUCAUGAAAGCAACCUUACUCCUGAACGUUUGUUGCCUCUAACAAGUGGAAAAAUAAAUAAACAACUGUUGUAUUAGCGGAAGAUGUGUGUGUACAGUUCGAUAACUGUUUAUUCACUCGGAUCCUGAAUUGUGGUAAUCGAGAUGGAAGUGAGAUUGAGCAUGGGGAUGAAGAAAAAGGGAAGAGAGGAGUGUUAAGAGUGAAAAUGUGUAGGAAGGGAAUGGCGUUGGCAAAGUGAACCAACAGGGGGCGGGGACCGAUCCAAUGGUCUGCUCUGUUGCACGCAGACUCCCAACAUCAGUCACGUGCUAGGUUACCUCCCGGACCCACAUUUCACUCCUGCCACGUCACCAUCCUCCCUUCUACAGUAAUUUUUACAUUUUUGAAAGUAUUUAAUGAAUUAAAAAAGAAUUAUAAUGUUAAAAGUGAA